AUCUACUUCAUACCCAUAUGGCGUAGCCACCCACCCGGAGCGAGGCUACAUGGACAUCUUCGUCGCCCCGUCGCUAGACCGCGCUCGCAGCGCACUACGGUCGCGCCCGCGCGAUCGGAUUUUUGAACCCGUCGAAACUCGCCUCCCUUCCCUUUUUCAACCGCCAGUUUAAGUCUAGAGUAUACCUUGCCUAUUUUGAAGAAAUCGGUGCGGUCGUUAUCGCUUCUCAAAGUUGUGUCUUGUCUACUGCGUUAAAUAUGAGUUCUCAAAAUCUCUGAAAUGUCUGUUGACGACACGAAGCUGUAUUGCACCUGCAGAAGCCGGUAUGAUGGAGAAAAAUUCAUGUUGAGUUGUGAUCUGUGUCUGAACUGGUUCCACGGUGUGUGCACCAACAUUUCAGAAGAUGAGGUUCCCAACACAUGGUUUUGUGAUAAUUGCACAGCUCUGAAUAACAUGCGCAAACUACUAUUGAAAGAUAUGCAAGAGCUGCUUGUGCAGAAAGAUCAGACACAGCUGCAGAAGAUAGAUCAGGUAUUUGCUUUGUUUUGUCUAUACUGGAAGGCUUUCCCUGCAAGGACCCUUGCUGCCGGUGAGGAGAAAGGGGCCAGUGGCUUCAAGGCAAAUAAAGAGAGGGUGACCGUUCUCUGCUGCGCGAAUGCUACUGGCUCGCAUCAACUUCCGCUUCUGAUGAUAGGGAAGCCCCAGGUUCCAAGGUGUUGGAGGGGACGCAACGGAGACCUGAGCACGCUGCCUGUCAUUUACACCAACCAGUCAAAGGCGUGGAUGGAUGCCUUUAUUUUUCUCGACUGGUUUGGGUCCGUGUUUGUGCCCCACGUGCAGGCGCGCCAGGCAAGAGACGGUAUCACGGGGCAAGUCCGUCUGCUGGUGGACAACGCCAGUUGCCACCCUCCCGGCGUCCUGGACGACAUCGCGGACGGUUUUAAAGUCAUCUUUCUGCCCCCAAACUGCACCAGCCUUCUGCAGCCGAUGGACCAGGGCGCCAUAGAAGUCAUGAAAAGGGCAUACAGGAGACAUCUGCUCCGGAGGCUGCUGUGCGUGGAGAACUUUACGCCCACGACCGUCAAGGACUUCCAGAAGGCCCUCACCCUGGACGACUGUGCCACCCUCGUCGCCCAGGCGUGGGCGUCCGUGGGCCACACCACACUGGCACGCGUUUGGCGCAAGCUGCUGGGAAAGGAUCACGACGUUGAGCCCGGCGUCCCGGAUACCCCACCACCCUCACCCGCCGACUCCUUCCUGGAGGACCUGCGGCGAGUGAACGCCGGCGCCACGGGGGCCGACGUGCACGAAUGGGUGACUAUGGACAAGGAUGAAUUCGGCCACAAGGUCCUUUCCGACGACGACAUCGUCAACGCCAUCCGGGACGAGUGGGAGUCCGAAGAUGAGGAAGAGGUGGUUGGACAAGACCAUGGCGAGGAUGUCGCUGCGGAGGUAGUGGAAGAAGUGGUAAUGACUGAACCGUGUCCCUCGCGGGAGGACGCGGAAAACAGCAUGAAAGUGGCUUUAGAGUGGUUCAAACAUAAGAACCCUGAAAAUACCUCACAGAUCCGUGAGCUAUUGUCUUCUGAAUUGAAUUCAUUGCGUAAUACAUAG